AUGGCAAAGUACCUCAUCUCAAAGCUGGCCGACCCCUUUCUCGGCAUCGGCACCGGCAUCUUUUCCUACUUCCUCUGGGAAAUGGACGGCCGCAACCUCGAAUACCGCCCGCAGGGUAGGACCCUCGUCGAACUCGUUCAGAGGAGAAUCGGCAUCGCUCCCCCCAUCACUGCAGCGCAGCAGCACCAGCAACCGCAGUAG